AUGGCCCGCGCACCUGUAAUUUGCAUAACCCAUGGCGGAGGUCCGAUGCCAAUCGUCGGCCCCGUGUUAGGCGACAAGGGACAUGGCAACAUAAACGCAACACUCAGUAACCGGGUCCCAGCAUUAUUAAGGUUGGGCACUCCAGACGCCCCGAAAGCAAUCGUUGUCGUCACACCGCACUGGCGCCCUGAUCAGCCGACUGUGACAGGGGCUGCUGAACCUCCGCUCUACCACGAUUUUGAGCCUGAUCAUCCGCCGCAAAGCUGGAACAUAUGCUACAAGGCGCCGGGGUCACCGGAAAUCGCUGAUAAAAUCUGUGAGUUGCUGCGGAAUGCGGGCUUACCGCCAGUGAAAGACGUAGAAAGAGGCCGGUACCAUGGCUUUUUCGUGCCAUUUCUGCUUAUCAACCCCAAAGGCGAUAUACCGUUGGUUCAGCAUUCCAUUCUGUCUACAGAGGAUCCAGUUCAGCACCACAGGAUCGGUGAGGUGCUGGCGCCUUUAACGAGACGAAAAUGUCGCCAUUGUGAGGUCAGCGAGAUACAACUAUGGUCUGGUCGGGUCCGCGAGUGGAUCAAAGCUCUGGCGGACGCUGUCCUGAAUAGAGAUCCCAAGGAGCGCCUUCGCAAGCUAUAG